UCGUGCCCUGUAUGUGGGAAAGGCUUCAGUCAGUUCACGGAUCAUCACACAUCAGAGAAUCCACACAGGAGAAUAACACUAUACUUGUAUUCAGGAGGGCUGCCCAAAGAUUUUUUGUUUUGGGUUUUGUUUUGGUAAUACGUUGGCUAAUUCCCACAUAUUGGUCUUUAAGGUCAAUUGCACCAUUUCCUUUACUGUAGUCUCUCAGCUCCCUUCUGGUGAGUUGCCGCCUUCUAUCUUUUGCAGCUCACCUUACUUUGGGGUGAAUCCUGUGAUCCUUUCUAACAACUCCUUUGUCUUAUGAGUUAUGGGAAUGUGUAUCCCUCUUGACAGAAAUGCCCAUCAAUCGGAGUUGGGGGAGAGAGGGUUGACCUCAUCUAGCUACAGUGAGAUAAAAACUGUCUGUGCCUUGUCUCCACCAGAACUCUACAUUGAGUAGACCAUGUCUACACUACCACUUAUGUCGGCAAAACUUAUGUCGCUCAGGGGUGUGAAGAAAAACCCCACUCCUGACUAACAAGUUUUGUCGGCAUAAUUGGCAGUGUGUACAGCGCUGUGUCGGUGGGAGAGCUUCUCCCGCCCACAUAGCUACCACCGCUCAAUGGGAGUAGUUUAAUUAUGUCGACGGGAGAGCUCUCGCCCGCCACCAUAGAGCGACUUCACAAGAAAACUUACACCAGCGCGGUUGCAUAAAUACAGUUGUGCCACUGUAAGGUCUCGAAUGUAGAUACAGCCUAAAUUGCUCAAAUUAGCUAUCUUGGUGUAAAAACACAACUAUCUUUUCAGGGCAGACAUAACCCAGGUGCAGUGGUCUGGUUAACUUUCCCCUUGUGCUGACCUGAUCUCCAUCACCCUUCCUAGUCCUGAUAAACUCUGAGCAUCACAUUGCAAAUUUCCUGGUUGGGCGAGAGUCUCAUUCCCAGGUUUUCUGACAUUACUUGUGGUUGUUCUGAAGAGGAGGUAGUUUUUCUACCAGUUUUCUGAUUUAGAAUAUAAUGAGAUGUAAUUAAAAGGCAGGAGGAAAGGUAGAAAAAAAGUAUCAUUUCAGCCUUUCCAGAUGGAAAGAUUGGCUGAUUUUCCCUAUUAUGAUGAUGCUAAAACCUUUUGUAACUAACAUGACUGAAUUGUAAUGAGGUGGUGCUGAGUGAAGAAGGUUUGAAUGGACCAGAGGACAGCGUAAUAGGAAAAUCAGUUCUAAUUUGGCGUCAUGAGAUGUAAGAUGCUCUGGAAUUUCAUUUUAUAUGAUACUGAAACUGUAUUAUUCGCUUGUGUGUUGAGGGUUUUUCUUUCCUGAGGGCUUUUGAUAACAAAACUGGAUAUUAGUUUUUUGUUAUAGGGUGAACUUCACGUUUUGGGUGUAUUUUGAAACAAAUGACCAUUUACUUAAAACAAUUUCUUUUUGUGCGUGUCUUUUUUCCACUCCUCCAUUAUGGCAUGGAGAAAGUUCAAGAGCAGUUCAGUCAUCAGGAAUGAAUACUCAAAGCUAUUGGAUGUGCUACCAGAGAGAGUAGCAUUUUAAAAUUGUACAUCUAACUAUGGAACGGAAUUGAAUAACACUGUGAUUAUAUAGCCGUGGUCUACACUGCGAGUUUAGGUCAAUUUUUAACAGUGUUAGAUCGAUUUUAACCCUGCACCCAUCCACACGACAAAGCCAUUUUUUUGACUUAAAGGGCUCGUAAAAUCGAUUUCUGUAUUCCUCCGACGAAGGGAUUAGUGCUGAAAUCAACCUUGCCGGGUUGAAUUUGGGGUAGUGUGGUCGCGAUUCGACGGUAUUGGCCUCCGGGAGCUAUCCUAGAGUGCUCCAUUGUGACCGUUCUGGACAGCGCUCUCAACUCAGAUGCACUAGCCAGGUAGACAGGAAAAGGCCUGCAAACUUUUGAAUCUCAUUUCCUGUUUGGCCAGCGUGGCAAGCUGCAGGUGAGUGCAGAUCUCAUCAGCAGAGGUGACCAUGAUGGAGUCCCAGAAUCGCAAAAGAGCUCCAGCAUGGACAGAACGGGAGGUACGGGAUCUGAUUGCUGUAUGGGGAGACGAAUCCGUGCUAUCAGAACUCCAUUCCAAAAGACAAAAUGCCCAAACAUUUGAAAAAAUCUCCAAGGGCAUGAAGGACAGAGGCAAUAACAGGGCCCCUCAGCAGUGCCGCACGAAACUUAAGGAGCUCAGGCAAGCCUACCAAAAAACCAGAGAGGCUAACGGCUGCUUGGGGUCAGAGCCCCAGACAUGCCACUUCUAUGAUGAGCUGCAUGCCAUUCUAGGGGGUGCAGCCACCACUACCCCACUCCUGUGCUUUGACUCUGUCAAUGGAUUAUCACGCAACAGGGAUGCACAUUUUGGGGUCGAGGAAGAGGAGGAGGUUCAAGCAAGCAGAGAAACCAAUUUCCCCGAGAGCCAGGAACUGUUUCUCACCCUGGACCUGGAGACAGUACCCCCGGAACCCACCCAAGGGAGGCUCCCGGACCUGCCAGGCAGAGAAGGGACCUCUGCUGCAAAUGUUUCAACGCUGCCCCUAUCAUCUCCAUCCCAGAGGCUAGCGAAGAUUAGAAGGCGAAAAAAAUGCACUUGCGAUGAAAUGUUCUCUGAGCUCAUGCAGUCCUCCCACCCUGAAAGAUCCCAGCAGAAUGCGUGGAGGCAAGCAAUGUCAGAGUCUAGGAAAUCACAAUACGAACGCGAGGAUAGGUGGCGGGUUGAAGGUGAUAGGGGGUGUCAGCUUGCUGACAGAAGGCAGGAGGCAAUGCUGAGGUUACUGGAGGAUCAAACUGAUAUGCUUCAGUAUAUAGUUGAGCUGCAGGAAAGGCAGGAGCACAGACCGCUGCUGCAGCCCCUGUGUAACCAACCACCCUCCUGCCCAAGUUCCAUAGCCUCCUCACCCAGACGCCCGAGAACGUGGUGGGGGCGCCUCUGGGCACCCAAGCACUCCACCCCAGAGCACUGCACACGCAACAGAAAGCUGACAUUCAAUAAGUUUUAAAGUGUAGUGUGGCCUUGUCCUUCCCUCCUCUCCAACCCCACCCGGGCUAUCUUGGCAGUUAUACCUCCUAUUUGUGUGAUGAAUUAAUAAACAAUGCAUGAAUUUGAAA